UGUUGGAGCUCUGGCGCGUCUGGCUGCAGCUGAGGAGUUUCUCUCACUCCUGCUUCCACUCCGAGUCUCGGAGAUGCGCCUGUUGGUCGCCUCGCUCCUGCUCCUGUUCGUCUGCAGCUCAGGGCUGGCUCUUCAGAUUCAGUGUUACCAGUGUGAGGAGAUGACACACGACUGCUCCACACCUGAGUUCAUCGUGAACUGCACCGUUAACGUGCAGGACAUGUGUCAGAAGGAGGUUCUAGUAAAGGACGAUGGGAUACACUACCGUAAGUCCUGUGCCUCAUCAGGAGCCUGUCUGAUCGCCUCCUCCGGCUACCAACAGUUCUGCACCGGCAAACUCAACUCGGUGUGCAUCACCUGCUGCAACACGCCACUGUGUAACGGUCCGCGGCGGAAGAAAUUGCCCCCGCCAUCCGCCGCCAUGGCGCCUAACACCCUGCAGCAUCCUAUGUUUUCACUCAGCCUCCUCCUGCUGCUGGACUCCAUCUUCUGCUGACAGAUAUCUGCAACAAGAACCUCAAAACCCGAGCGUGGAAAGGCUUUGCACUUGAACUGAGUGAGAUAAGACAACAUGCUUUACACACCAACUAUCACCACUUCCUGCCCGUUUUGUUGCCUUUUGAUGACCAGUGCUAAAUGUCCUGCGCUUGUAUAACGCCUUUCUGAGUCAGAGGACUCCAAAGCGCUUUACACUACUCACCCUUUCACCCGUUCACACACAGAUGCUGAUAAGCUACUUUGUGGCCACAGCUGCCCAAGGGCACAUAGGCAGAGGUUAAAAUAAGCAGCAGGAAAACUCAAAUCUGCAUUAUCAAGUGAAGAACACGAUGGCGCUGCCUCGGGAGGUGGAGGAUAGAAGAGCUUCACCGUGCUGAUGUUCAAGGACCAACUCAUCUCUCGUCAGUUUCAUUUAUUCAGACCAUGAAAUCAAAACUGUAGGGAAAACAUUUAGAUUUACUCUGAAAUAACUCCAUCCAUCUGUCCUCUUAACCGUUUAACCAGGGGGACUGGUGUCCAUCUCCAGCUGUCAUCGGGCGAGAGGUGAGGGACACCCUGGACAGGUCACUCCAGUCCACCGAGACAAACAACCAUUCACUCACUCACAUUUAUAUGCACUUAAAAUUCAAGCCCUCCUAGAAAAUAAUAAAAGCUGAACUCAUCAGAGACACAUCAUAUUUCUGUCUCUGAUGGAGCUUUCAUUGGUGCUUCGAGAGUCAAAACCAGCUCUUCAGUCAGGCUGAUGGACGUCUGAGUGUUUGACGCCACUCCUGAGUCACUCACAGUCUGAAACAUUGUAAAGGUCGGGGGCGGGUUCUGAUGAGAGGUUGUUUUACUCGUCGACUUGUUCCGACGCAGUGACCUCAGCAGCAGUGGCUGCAGGGAGCGUGCAGAGGAGGCGUUGGGCUGCUGCAUGGUGCGUUUGUUGACGUGUUGGAUGGUGAGGCGACACCGCAGCACCUGAACAAACACCUCCCUGAACUGUCUGGACGAGAGGUUGUAGAGGAAAGGGUUGAGAACAGAGCUCAGGUAGAAGAAGGUGUCGGCCACGAGCUGGAGGGCUGCGUAGCUCCGGAAGUAGGAAAGAGUCCAGUUGGUUUUGGGAACAGCGGCCUUCAUGAGGCGAUGAAUCUGGUUGGGAAGCCAGCAAACCAUCAGAGAUCCAACGAUGAGACC